AUGCCAGCUACUAAUGACACAACUGAUUUACCAUCAGAAACUAGCAUUGCUUUAGCAUUUUUAAUGAGCUUACUAGCUUUUGCUAUAAUGGUAGGAAAUGCUGUGGUCAUUUUAGCUUUUGUGGUGGACAAAAACCUUAGACAUCGAAGUAAUUACUUUUUCCUUAACUUGGCCAUUUCUGACUUCUUUGUUGGUGUGAUCUCCAUUCCUUUGUACAUCCCUCACAGGCUGUUCGACUGGAAGUAAGAUAACAUCUGUGCAUUUUGCUUCACUAUUGACUAUCUUUUGUGUACAACAUCUGUGUAUAACAUUGUACUCAUCAGCUUUGAUCGAUACCAGUCUCGAAUGCUGUAAGUAUCUUGCAGAGCUCAACACACUGGGAUCUUGAAGAUUGUGGUUCUGAUGGUGGCCAUCUGGGUAGUGGCCUUCUUAGUGCGUGGGCCAAUAAUUCUAGUUUCAGAGGCCUGGAAGAAUGGCAAGGGGGAUUGUGAACCUGGAUUCUUUACAGAAUGGUGCAUUCAUGAGGACCGAGAAAAGGAGGGUCUGGAGUCUGAAAGCUGUACUCUCUACACUAGUCUCGGGACUGAGAUAGGGUUCCUUAGAACACCUGUGGAAAACAGAUACCGUUGUUAUUCUUACUCCACAGAGGAGGAAACUAAAGAGUACAUGACUGGCCCCAGGUGGUACAAUCAGCAGAUAAUGAAGCCGGAACUUGAACUCAGGGAGUCUGAAAUUUGA